AUGGUGGAAAAAAGAUUAGAACGAACUAUAAGGCUGUUAGAACUGGAUAUCAAGCAGGCAGCCAAAACGUGGGAGCGACUUUCGAGCGAAGGUUUGGAGCAUCUAACUACAAUUGGAAAUAUGAUGUUAACCAAGAAACAGAAACUCUCUGCGGUAGAUAUUGAGGUAUUUAUUUCAAAACUAGAGCUGAAUACCGAGUCAGAUUGGAUCGAUUCUUCAAAACAGCAUCUGGUUUUUAAUAUCCUAGACCAAAUGAAUGCAAUAAUCAAAUCGAUGCAAACUUAUAUAUCUAAAAUGGACGAGGCUUUGCAGCAUGCUCGUCCCUGGCUGUCCACCGCUCCUCCAAAAGCUAGUCUAUCAAAAACACUUUCCGGUGCACUGCAUUCCGAUGUAGCUGAUCUAAACUCUGGUUUGGAAAUAUUGGAAUCACUUGAUGACUCGGAGCUGCCAAACUAUGUCUUGUUUAAAGUUGCUGUUCAAAGAAAACUUGUAGAAAAGUAUAUCAUGGAAUUUUCACUAAAACGGCAUAUUGCUGCAGCCAUCCUAGACGGUACCACUACUCGAGAUGCCACGAUGAUGAGUUUGUCGCUUUGGCUACAUGAGCCAUAUCUCUAA